AUCACCACAGUCGUUUCCAAAUCAGUGCAGCUCAACGUAGACAGUCCACACACAUGACCCUUCGAACAUUUUGAGCCCCAAAACGCAACGCAAUAAAAUGUUUUGGGUUAUUUGUAAAGGCUGAAAGAAGCGCCACGCAUGCGCAGUGGUCGCAGGCGGCUGGACUUUAUAAAGCUUGGCGCCAGCUAUUCAUUCAUUUGCACUGAACUCUGCGGAGAAAAGCCUUAAGUCUUGUUAAGAAAAUGUCAAAACGCAGUGGUCGCAAUACAUUACAAGAAAGAAAUGGAAACAAACCAGAACAAAACAAAGCUCAGAGGAAAAGAAAAGCCGAGUGCAAUAGAAGAAUACCAUCAGCAGCUAAGAAACAGCACUAUGAAAUUCAGAACCGUUGUUCCGGUGAUAUCAGUCCCAGUGUCUUAAUCGAAACGCCUCAAAAGGAACCUCAGGAGACCAGUAACCCUUCUGGUUUUAAGCGAUUCCAGUUCAAAAACCUCUUUGUGAAACCCUCGCCACUGCCAAACCUAAGUUGGGCCAGCUCAGAUGAUGUGUGGAUAAAGAUGCUGAACAAAGAGCUGAAGUACGUACACGACAAGGGCUUCAUCCAGCAACAUCCAGGCUUGCAGCCCAAAAUGAGGUCCAUUUUGCUGGACUGGCUCAUGGAGGUCAGCGAGGUUUACACGCUCCACCGGGAGACAUUUUACUUGGCUCAGGACAUCUUUGAUCGCUACAUGCUGACUCAGAAUAACACCGGCAAGGAUCAGCUACAGCUCAUUGGCAUAACAUCACUCUUCAUCGCCUCAAAGAUGGAGGAAAUUUAUCCCCCAAAGCUCCAAGAGUUCGCUUAUGUGACUGACGGCGCAUGCAACGAGGAGGAGAUUCUCACAAAAGAGCUCGUCAUAUUGAAGGCAUUAAAAUGGGACCUCUGUCCUGAGACGGUCACCUCGUGGUUAAAGCUCUACGCUCAAGUUUACUCUCUGCAGGACGAUACCAAUUUCCUCAUUCCUCAGUUCUCUCAGGAAACCUACAUCCAGAUCACACAGUUGUUGGAUCUUUGCAUUUUGGACAUUAAUGCUUUGGACUACCAGUAUGGAGUUUUAGCUGCUGCAGCGUUUUGUCACUUUACCUCAUUUGAAACAGUCAAUAAAAUUGCAGGGUUAACAUGGGACAGUAUAUCAAGCUGUGUUGGGUGGAUGAGUCCAUUUGUGAGGACGGUACGUGAGUGGCCCACACCGCAGUUAAAGGACUUCAAAAAAGUGACAACAGAAGACCGUCACAACAUACAGACCCAUGUAGACUACCUGGCCAUGCUGAGUGAAGCGCAUGAACGGGAAAAGGACAGUUUGGAUCGAAUGUCUCCAAUGGCUGUAGGGGGAUUAUUAACCCCACCUAAAAGCACAGAGAAGCCUGCUAAUGCCUGAUGGGUCACAAGGAAGAACGUACCGGAGCCAAUCUUCAUCUAAAUGCUAUUGCUUCUGAGACGUUUCACCACAGACCUCCUUGUUCAAGACACCAAAAGAGACCAACGGCCGUGUGCGGUACUUCUAUACUUUUCCACAGCCGGGUUUUGAAAAGUUGAUUUGGGAGGCGUAUGUGAGAUAACUACAUACGAUAAGCUGUAGGCCAUAGACAUUCCAGACAUGUGAAAUUAAAGGAGAAUCCUGGUUUCUCAAAGCAGUAUUUGAAGUACUCAAAGUGCCUCGAAGAAUGGAGAAAAAUCCA